AUCGGGAGCUGCGCCGCUGCUCUCCGCUCCGAGGAGGACUUUAAAACUUUCAAACUCUCGGUGAGACUCCGGUUCUGCUCCGUGAAGCCCCGGCACCACCCGGACGGAGGGAGCGCGGGAGCAGAUGUUGAAGUCCGGGGAGCCGCUCGUCCUCCCCGCGGUGGAGAAAGCGGCGCGGCGCGGCUCCGGGAGGAGCUAACGGUCCGCCGCCCGCCGGGCAUUAGCCGGUCCUAGCUCCGCAGCAACAGGUCGCCCCCAGCGGGGCGGGUGAGCCGGGCGCCGCGCCACCAUGGAGCGGGCCUCCUUCUCCCGGUACUCCUGGGUGGACUUCGCCUUCUCCGUCGUCGGGGUGUGCACGUUCCUCGUGGACUGGGGCUCCGACGUGUGGGUGGCCACCGAGUUCUACAGCCGCGGGGACCUCUCCUGGUUCGGGGUGCUGGUCGGCCUCAUGGUGCUGUCCUCGGUGGUGGUCCAGAUGUUCAGCUGGUUCUGGUUCUGGUACGACCGGGCGCUGCCGGGCUUCGGCGGGGAGAACGGGGCGCAGACGGUGCUGUGCGGGAACCGGGUCCAGGUCUUCUGCCUGCUCCAUGUGCUGCAGCUGGGCUUCCUCUGCAGGCACAUCUCGGCCAUCCGGCAGGGCUUCAAGGUGUGGUGGCGGCGGGAGGCGGGCUCGGAGUACGCCGUCUACCUGACGCACGACCUCAGCAUGCUGCGGCUCAUCGAGACCUUCUGCGAGAGCGCGCCUCAGCUCACGCUCAUGAUCUACGUCAUGCUGCGCACCAACAGGGCCCGCACCGUGCAGUUCGUGAGCAUCGCGGCGUCCACCACGUCCAUCGCCUGGAUGGUGGUGGACUACCACCGCUCGCUGCGCUCCUUCCUGCCGGACAAGGCGCAGCAGGGCUGGGGCUCCUCGCUGGUCUACUUCCUGUGGAACCUGCUGCUGAUCGCCCCGCGGGUGGCGGCCCUCGCCCUCUUCUCCUCGGUGCUGCCGGGCUACAUCGCCGUCCACUUCCUGCUGCUGUGGCCGGUCUUCGUGCUGUGGGCGUGGCGCCAGCGGACGGACUUCAUGGACAGCGCGGGCGGCGAGUGGCUGUACCGCGCCACGGUGGGCCUCAUCUGGUACUUCAGCUGGUUCAACGUGGCGGAGGGCCGCACGCGGGGCCGCAGCCUGGUGUACCACGGCUUCAUCACGGCGGACGGCGGCGUGCUGCUCGCCACCUGGUGGCUGUACCGCGACGCGGCGCAGACCGAGCCGUACGCCCUGGCCCUGCUGCUCGCCCUGCCGCUCACCUACCUGCUGGGGCUGCUCUUCAAGACGCUGUACUACUGCUGCUUCCACCCCCGGCUGUUCAGGCCCCCGCUGAGGGACCCGGGGCCGCCCGACGACCUGCCCGACGCCGAGGUGUCCUACAGAGACUUCACCAUCCAGGACGGCCCCCCGUCCACUCAGCUCCUCAACAGGCGCAUGGUCUGCCACGCCAACACGUUCUACUUCCAAAGACGAGGCGCCGCCGGGGCCGAGACCGCCGGGGCCGAGACCGCCACCAACAAUGGGGCCGAGGAGACCGCCGCCAUCACAGAGUGAAGGCCAGUCCAGGAUGCGCUGCCACAUCAGGUCCUCCUGAGCCCAGACUUAAUCCUGACGCUUGAAAAUCCACACAGUCUGGAUCACUUCAUCCAAAGUUCCUGCUUCUUGAAAACUUUCCUCGGUUAUUUCUACACUCAUGAACUAACGAGUAUCUAACUAACGAAAAUCAAAAAUAAUCUAUAAAUAUCAGAAUAUUCCGAAAUGUGUUGUUUCACUCUUUCACCAGAGGUCACAGUUUUAUUUAAAAGGGAAAAAGGUAGUUUAAAACGUAGUCUUGUAGAAAUAAAUGAUGAAACUUUGAGCUCCUCACAGGAAGCAGGAAGUCAGCGGAGAGUCAGUCGGUUCCAGUGAAAAGUCAAAAUGCUGUCAUGAAGCCAUGUUUUCAGAAACGCUUCGAACCAACUUCUUUUUAAGAUGAAGUCUUUUUCUACCGAGUAAAUCAUCUUUUUACACUGGGAAAAAAGAUUUUUAUACAUUAACGAGGUGAAAUCUAUAUUUUAUUUUCAUGUGUCAGACGUUUGUCGCUGCUCUGGAGUUUUAUAAAAAUGCAACGACAAACUGGAGUUCUGAAAGAAUAAUCUGAAUUUAUAAUGGAACCAUUGUUUUUUAAAAUCCGUUACAGCCUGUUUGAGGCCUUUGAAUGUAAAUUCAACCCAAAGGACUGUUUUUACCUCCACUUUGCUGAAGACGCUGUGGUUCGUGUUGUUCUACCAGCUCUAUUUAUUUCUGUUGAAUGUUCAGGUUCAGGAUCAGGUUCAGGUGAUGUUUGUUCUGCUCUGUUGACUUUAGACUGUUCCGUUCAGACUGUAGUUCGGCUGUACGUCCCUCCGGGGGCCUGAGCGUCUCGUGUGUUGUUCUCACACGGAUCCACAGUCAAGGUGACGAAUGUUUCCCAGGUUUACCUCAUCUGCCACGCUGUGUCAUUAAAGUCCUGCGACU